AUGGUGCGCACCGCACCCCAGGCACUUGCACAGAUUGGAAGGUUGGCCACACCUGCAGCAGAGACUUUGGUUGGACCUGUGGAGGCCAAGAUCAAGGAUUUUUACAGAGAGGUAUCGAGACUCUUGCCAUGGACCAUGAAGAACUACAACCUGGACGAAAUAACAACACUGUCAGAGCUGAGGAAGAAUGUCUCGCUCCUCUUCAGGCAGAACGAGCAUAUCACAGACCCAAAGGUGGUCAACAUUCUCAUUUAUAAGGGAAGGGAGGAGCUGGAGUCUGUUGCCCUGCAGCACAAGCAACGGCAUCACUUGAUCGGCCAAUUUGUGAUUGCGCCUUCAAAGAUGCGAGCAGAGAUGCACCGGAAGAGGGACAUUUCACCGUUCCUGCUGAAGUUCUACAACAACCAGCUCUGA